AGCCCGGUUCGACGUUGGGACGAAAUGUACCCAUCGUGGAGAUUGUCAAUCUUCAUAGGGUCCCAGGUUUUUGGAGCUCUGUCCGUGUUUUUCGUCUUAAGUACCGUGGUCACUGGUCAAAAGAAGAGCAGGGAUAUGCAAUGGCAUUCCGUUCUAAUGACACUAUCAACCGUCUACUUAAUAGGUUCUUCGGUUACAAUUUAUAGAGGACUGCCGUGGCUAAAAAUGUUCAAGUUGAAAUUAUUUCACGGCCUUAUCCACCUUGCUGCACUGCUUUUGGCGAUUGCCGGGGUCGUUUUGGCGUUUGAUUUCCAUGACAAUAUACCACUGUCACAUUUGAUUAGUCUUCACAGCAUUUUUGGACUGAUAGCUGUCAUUCUGUUAGGCCUUCAGUGGAUAACUGGUCUUCUUUUUUUCCUGCAUCCUAAAAUCCCGGUUCGUGUUGACAAACAUGCUGUUCCUAGUCAUGCAACUGCUGGUUUGAUCAUCUUCCUUCUUGGAUGUGCUAAUGCACUGAUUGGCUUAAAUGAAUAUACUAAAGGAGCUGAAAGGACAGACAAAGUGAUGCUUGCCACUGCAUCAGGAUUUUUCAUUUUUAUUUUUAUGCUUCUUGUACUACACUUGAUAAUGAAGGACACAUUUAAAAGAGAACCUCUAUCAGAUGAUAAAUGAUUUGGAGAAACUUCUGCCUAUUGUUUUCUUCUAAUUGUAUUUUUAUAAAAAGGAUUUGUUUUAUAAUUUUACAUUUUUUCCUUUUAAGUAAGCAUUUUAUAAAUUAUUAUCAUCUUCCUAUAUUGAGGAAGAAAUAUCCAAAUAUUUUGUAUAAUUUGUAAUGAAAAAAUGUAAAAAUAGCACUGAAGGGAGAGGAAUAUACUAUAUAUAUAAAU